UCCCGCUGCUCCCUCCCCAGAUAAGGUGCGGCAGAGGAACAGGUGUGUGAGGAAUCUCCGACAGACUUUAAAUACUGAAACAACACCGUUGUCUGCCAACCUAUUUACAGAAAGCUAAGGAAAACAUAAAUAUAUAAUAACAGAGGAGUUAACUUUGUCAUUCAACAAAGCAAACUUAACUAAACCCCGUGAGACAGUGAGGAGAGGGAUUCGUACCUUCACAGCAGGUGGACGUCGUCUUUGUUGAUUCGCCGCCAGGUCGAAGAAGAAGGAGAAAAUGGCCAACUCGGGUCUGCAGAUUUUGGGAUUCGCCCUGGCCCUUCUGGGUGUCAUUGGACUGAUAAUUGGCACAAUUUUGCCCCAGUGGAAGAUGUCUGCUUAUGUUGGGGACAACAUCAUCACGGCGAUAGCCAUGUACGAAGGACUGUGGAUGUCCUGUGCUUUCCAGAGCACAGGCCAAAUCCAGUGCAAGGUGUACGACUCAAUCCUGCAGCUCAACAGUGCCCUCCAGGCAACCCGCGCCCUCAUGAUUGUGAGUAUCAUAGUAACGGUGGCAGGCCUGGGCGUAGCCUGCAUGGGAAUGAAGUGCACCAACUGUGGAGGAGAUGACAAAAUACGCAAGUCCCGCAUUGCCAUGACUGGUGGCAUUAUCAUCCUGAUUGGAGCUUUGUGCUCCAUUGUUGCCUGCUCUUGGUAUGCUCACGACAUCAUCCAAGCUUUCUACAACCCCUUCACCCCUGUCAACACAAAGUACGAGUUUGGUGCUGCCAUCUUCAUCGCCUGGGCCGGAGCGUUCCUGGCUGUAGUUGGAGGAGGCAUGCUGGCAGCCUCCUGCCCAAGAGAGAAAUCUACACCGAAAUAUCCCAUCUCCAGACCCCCCAGCAGCAAGGAAUACGUUUGAACGGGACAGGACUCUGUGUUAGAUGCUGAAGGAACACUUUGACAUUCAUUUUUUAAAAUUUUAUAUUUUAGUUUCUUCAGGGCUGCCCUGUGAUGUUACUGUAAUAUUAUUUUAACAAAGGCAUUAAAGUUUUAAAUAAUGGCUGUUUACUUAUUGAAGAGCUCAUUGGCCUUGCCCUGUCUGGAACUACAGUUAGUGCUUAUUGAUUUGUAUACUAUGUAGUAUACUAUUCACUUAGUUGACACCUGUAAAGCACUGAAUUAAAGUUAAGGUGAACGCCCACAAUAUUACACAGUUUGGUAUGUAGACAUAUUUUGCUACAAAGUACACUGAAUCAGAAUGAGCAGCGUGCUUGGGGGGAAAUGUUUUUUUUUAGAUGUGGCAAUGGACUACACCUAUUAUAUCAUUUAUGACUGUGUAGGCCGAAUACAUAGCAGUUCAUCAUCUGGCACCUGAGAAGCAAUUUUCUACCAUUAUUUCCAUGUAUUUGUGCCUUAUUUAUAUAAAAACUACACAUUAUUCAGUACCACUGUUGACUGCUAUACUCUAAUCAAGUGCCGAUAUAAAUUACUGUAUUCUGAUUCAUUUUACUCAGAUUGCCAUGUAUUUCCGACCUACACAUAGCAUGAUGGAUGUGAGCUAUGUAUUUGUUGUCCUGUAAUAAUGUCUGUGUGAGUGCGCUUGGCCUAUUGCUACUGUUUUUUACAUCACAAAAGCUGUUGCACCCAUCAAAUUCAGUUUUUUAAACUUUUUAAAUUGUGAUUUGCAAGGUAUGUGUUGUACAUAAAAUAAAAAUGGAAAAUGUA